GCUGUGAAGUCACGUGACUGGAAGUGAGUUUCUAGCUGCCAGCCAUAACAUGGCCGUGACCAGACGCUGACCUGUAGUUGUGACAGGACUUCUGAUGGCUGCAGCAGCGGUGAGGGGGCUCCUGAGGAGAGAUCUCCGCGGAGCUGUCCUGGCAGUCCGGGGCAUGGCGUCCGGGGCAGAAUCAGCCAAGUAUCAAUACGAGACGCUGAAAGUCACAGCGGAAGGAGAUCACGUCCUACACGUGGAGAUAAACCGCCCCGAGAAACGAAAUGCCAUGAAUAAGAGCUUCUGGAGGGAGAUGGUCGUUUGCUUUCGCGCCAUCGCAGAGGAUGCUAAUUGUAGAGUGGCCGUGAUUUCUGGCGCCGGGAAGAUGUUCACAUCUGGAAUCGAUUUGAUGGAUUUGGGGAGUGACUUCAUACGUCCGCAGGACACCGAUCCGGCCAGAGUCGCCUGGGAGAUCCGAAAGAAGAUAUCGGAGUACCAGGAGUCCUUCUCCAUCAUCGAAAAAUGCCCAAAGCCUGUGAUCGCCGCGGUACACGGAGGCUGCAUUGGAGGAGGAGUGGAUCUUGUCUCUGCGUGUGACAUCCGCUACUGCGCGCAGGAUGCCUGGUUCCAAGUUAAGGAGGUGGACAUCGGUCUGGCGGCUGAUGUCGGGACGCUACAGAGACUUCCGCAGAUCAUUGGAAGCAGAAGCCUGGUUAACGAACUGGCCUUAACCGCUCGAAAGAUGAUGUCGGAUGAAGCCCAAAGCAGCGGAUUUGUCAGCCGUGUUUUCCCCGAUAAGGCCAGCCUGCUCCAGGGUGCGUUUGACCUGGCCGCUGAAAUCGCCAGUAAGAGCCCCAUCGCCGUUCAGGGAACUAAAGUGAACCUGCUGUAUUCCCGAGACCACUCGGUGGAGGAGAGUCUGAACUACAUGGCGUGUUGGAACAUGAGCAUGUUGCAGUCCGAAGAUCUGCUGAAAUCCGCCCAGGCCGCCAUGGAGAGAAAACCGCUAAAAGAAGUGACAUUUUCAAAGUUAUAGGAGCCGUUUGCACUUUUUAGUGGAGUCAGGGGACGGACCCCUGAUCACCCGGAACCCGGAAUCAGACCGCCCCGGUGCGUUCAGUCUCGCUUGUAUUCCAGGCCGGGACCUCUGACUUGCGGCUAAGUGAUAUUUGUAGGAGGUGUUUCUGAUUAAAAGUUUUUCCUUCUGACCAGUC